UUGGUUAUCAAAGACACCUGUUUAAUUCUCAUACAGCAGUUCAGUGACCUGUUUUACGUGUAUAUAAAGACGGGAACUGAAGGAGUGGUGUCAGACUGCAUCUUUCUGUCUAAAGAGGUGAUAUUUCACAAUGAGGCGUGCUGCAGCUUUUCUGGUGUUGCUGCUCUGUCUGUAUUGGACGAGGGCUCAGGGUGAGAGUGGAGGGGUGACAGGGAAUGAUAUCACUCAGACGGAGGUUCAGUCUGAGAUCCUGGGUGUCAUAGCAACCAGUGAUCAGACCAACAUCACCCCUGACAUCUGGGCUGAGCUGAAGGAGCUGAGAGACAUGGCCAUCAAACACAGUGUGGAGCUGUGGAAGCUGGAGCAGGAGAAUACAGCCAUACAGGCCAGACUGACAGCCAGUGAAAGCAACAAUGCAGUGUUGGAGUGGAAAAUGAACGCCAGUGACAAAGAAGUGGAGGAACUCAAGAGAGAGAACACAGUUUUGAUGGCCAGAAUGAAGACCAGUGAAAAUGUGAUGGAGGAGCUCAAGAAGGAGAACACAGAUCUUCAAUCCAGAGUAACAGCCUUUGAAAAUAAGAGCACAGUGUUGGAGGCCAGAAUGAACGCCAGUGAAAACGAGGUGGAGGAGCUGAAGAGACAGAAUGCAGUGUUGGAGACCAGAAUGAACACCAGUGAAAACGAGGUGGAGGAGCUGAAGAGACAGAAUGCAGACCAACUAAAGGUGGCGUUCUCAUUUGGUCUCACUGACGAUGGACAAGUUGGACCCUUCAAUACUAACAUCCCACUUAAGUUCAGUAAAGUCUUCACCAACUUUGGUCAGGCCUACAGUCCAACUACAGGUCACUUCACAGCCCCAGUCAGAGGAGCCUACUACUUCUCAUUCACUACAGUGGAUAACCGGAAGAACCGCUACAGUGCUGUUAUUCUCUAUCACAAUGACAAGAGAGUGUUGUGGAAUCAGAAUAGCAAUGAUGAACAUGGCUGGAACAGAGUUUCUAACUCACUGGUUCUUCAGCUGGAAAAGGGGGAUGUGGUCUACAUGGUUUUACAUGGUGGCUAUACUGUAUAUGAUAAUUCCGGUAAUCAUAGUACCUUUAAUGGAAUUCUGCUUUUUCCACUGUGAGACUAAAACAU